ACAAGAACAAACUGAAGAGAAACAAGGGACUGGACAUCAGAGAAAAAAGGGGGAGAAAAAGACAGAAAGGACUGAGAGGAAACAUUUUUGCUGCUUCACAGUUGGUGGCUGUCUGCUGUGUGUGAGAGUGAAGUGAACGUUUGAACAGCCCGUUCUGCCGACUAUCUCACGUGGCCCAAAGGCGAUACUGUCAUCCUGAUUCCCUCCUCUUGUGACUUGGGAGUCUCUAAAUCCCAAAACAUAUAGCUUUGGAAAACCCUGGAAAUACCUGGAAUUCUGGGAGUAUUCUCACCAAAACUUCUGCAGGUGCCCAGGCACCAGAUCAAUAGCUUUACGUUCCCCCCCUUUUUUUUGUUUUUGUUUUUGUGUAAACAAAGAAAGAAAGUCUGAAUAUUAGCAAUAGCCGCUGGCCAUCCACCAUUGCUGCAACGAACCUGCUGUGUCCAAGAAGGUGUGACCUUUCUGCCUGCUGACUUCAAAAAGACACUUGAAAAGGAAACACAGACGGCGAGGCUUCGGUGUGUUGGAAACGCAGACCAAAAACCCCAUCAGGCCUGGAUGCGAUGAACGCCUCAUGUAGGCAUCAGCAUGGACAGCUGUGAGUCUCCCGUGGUUUCUGGGACAGACGAUGGGCUCGGCUCCUCCCAGCAGCAGCAACCACCACAGCCCUGGAACGAUCACUCAAGCUCACAGGUCACUUGCACCAACCAGGCCCCUUCCCUGGAUGCCCUGUCUCUCUCUGCUCCCUAUCCGUCUCAACCUCAAAACUCCGUUACACCUCAUGACGGGGUGAGAGAACUACAGUCCAAACAGCAGCAGCCAAAACAGGCGGCAUCCCAGACACACCGUGAUAUCUCUGCCAUAGACCACCUGCAUUCCAGAGGAGGGGGUCUUGGGGAAGUUGAGCAGGAGGGAGUGAGCUGUGGAGAGGAAGAAGAAUCUGAGGACCUGGAUGAAAUGGAGAUUGACAGCUGUUUCCCAAGUCUUCAGCCCUUCCCUGGGGUGCCUAUAGCAUCAGGCGGAGUGGGCCUACCCACUCUUUUACGUCAUCAGCCCUCACAGCAGGGACCACCUGAAAGUGGGAGUGAGGAAGGAGAGGAAGAAGAGGAAGAGGAGAGUAGUGAUGUGGAAAACCUGGCUGGAGAGAUCGUCUACCAGCCAGAUGGCUCAGCCUACAUUGUGGAGAGCCUCAGUCAGUUGAUCCAAAGUAGUGGAAGCAUGGUACCUGGCCUGCUUCCCACAAACUCUCUCAUGAGUGGGGGAAAAUCGGGGGAACCUGCUGGGACUUCAUCCUCAGUCUACCCACAGAUUAUCAACACUUUCCAUAUAGCUUCGUCUUUUGGAAAGUGGUUUGGCAAUUCAGACCAAGGUUUUCCCAAUACCUCAACAAUGGCGGGUCUCAGCCCUGUCCUGCACAGUUUCCGUGUCUUUGAUGUGCGGCACAAAAGCAACAAUGAUUAUCUGAACAGUGAUGGGUCUGCCAAGAAGUCCUGUGUAUCCAAAGAUGUUCCCAACAACGUGGAUUUCUCCAAAUUUGAUGGGCUAGCCCUUUAUGGCAAGGGUAAACCCAUUCUCAUGUGUUUUAUCUGCAAGCUGUCUUUUGGCUAUGCCCGUUCCUUUGCCACUCAUGCUGUCCAUGAUCACCGUAUGACACUGUGUGAGGACGAACGGCGGCUGCUCGGGGACAAGCAUGCUUCUGCCAUCAUCCAGGGCAUUGGGAAGGACAAAGAACCCCUCAUUAGUUUCCUGGAACCAAAAAAUAAGAGCACUCCUCUGCCACCUACACUGCUCCCUAUGAACUCUGGACAGAGCUUCUAUGGCACAUUUAGUGGUGUCCACCUUGAUCCUGGAAGCAGCAGUGGGGGCAGUGACAACCUCCUAAACAAAGAUUCUGAUUCUGGCCUCCACCAACAACAGCAGCAGCAACAAACUCCACUUGGCUCAGUUCUCUCUCUCAGUGGGCUGGGCAUUCCCAAAGCAUCCACUCUUACCUCAUCCCCAGGCUCUGCCAAAGACUCCAGUGCCCUGGCCAAACAGGGAGGGAAAACAGAGGGGCCUGAAGGGAAAGAGGUGGCAUGUAAGGGGGAGGAUGGGAGCUAUGAGGGACAAGAAAGCAAGGUGCACCUAUCCAACCAAAUGGGAGGCUCAGAAGAAGAGGAGGAACUGUUAUUAGGUGAGGAGGAAGAUGAGGUGGAGGCAGAAAGCACUGCGGUGGCCUGUGGUGGUAACAGUAGUAGCGGUGGGUGUGAGGUGGGAGAACCAGCUGUCUCAAACCAAAGCAUUUCCAAAUCUCCUUUAUUAAUGCCUAGUAGCACUCUCCAGCCUUCUGCCUGCACCUCUGCAGUCAGUUCCACACUCAACAGCAAAGCCCUUGCUUCCAUGUCCUCCUCUGUCAAGGAAGAGGGUUCAGCUGCGGACAGUGGGGGGAGGACCUCAGAUCUCCCCCAGAGCUUUAACUGCCAGGGAACCACUGUUCCCAUGGCAAUAGCUGCAGCACCCGUCAGAAGGAGCGAGGAUGACACUGCUGGCACUUCCUCCUCGCCUCUAUCCUCCAAUGCUGCUGCUGAUGAAAGUGCCAAUCGACAUAGUGCCACAGCUCCAGAACCAAAUGAUUGCCCAGCAGAAGGAGAGGAGGAAAAUGGAGCCCUUCUGCAUCAUCAUCACAUGCACCACCAUCAUCAUCACCUCCACCCUUCAUCUCAUGGUCUCUCUCUCCCCUUGCCAGGGGCUUCCUGUGACAUAACAGGAAUGGGUGAGUGUUCACAAAACCAUGGUCCUAGUGGGAGUGGAGGAAGUGGGGUAGAGUGCCCUAAAUGUGACACCAUUCUGGGUUCCUCACGCUCCUUGGGUGGUCAUAUGACCAUGAUGCAUUCACGCAACUCAUGCAAGACACUGAAGUGUCCUAAAUGCAAUUGGCAUUAUAAGUACCAGCAGACGUUGGAGGCCCACAUGAAAGAGAAGCACCCAGACUCUGGAGGCUCCUGUGCGUAUUGCAGCAGCGGUCAGAGUCACCCUCGUCUGGCUCGUGGAGAAAGCUAUACCUGUGGUUAUAAACCCUUCCGGUGUGAGGUGUGUAAUUACUCCACUACCACAAAGGGCAACCUAAGCAUCCACAUGCAAUCGGAUAAGCACCUGAACAACAUGCAGACAUUGCAAAAUGGAGGCUCCAUAGGUUCUGCGCAGGAGCAGGUGUUUGGUCAUACCACAGGAGGAGUGGUGGCAGUCCCAUCAGUGACCCAGGCCAGUAGCCAUCACCCUCCUCACCACCAUCCUACGCAGUCCUCCACUCAUAUGUCUGUACCAUGUGGAGCCCCCUCACCAACCAAGCCGAAGAGCAAACCUACUUGGCGGUGUGAAGUAUGUGACUAUGAGACCAAUGUGGCUCGCAACCUGCGAAUCCACAUGACCAGUGAGAAGCACAUGCACAACAUGAUGCUCCUCCAGCAAAAUGUGACUCAGAUGCAGCAUGGACGGCUUGGCUUGGGAGCCAUGCCUUCGCCAUCAGAAGCGGAGCUUUACCAAUAUUACUUGACCCAGAACAUGAGCCUCCCACCAGGCCUGAAGAUAGACCCAACAGGAGCUGAGGCCCAGUUCUUAAUGGGCAGCUUUCAUCUUGAUCCCGGCAUGGCUGCCUUGGCUCCGGCACUUGUAGGUGGGGAAAUCCCAAUGGACGUGCGCCUAGGUAGUGGGCAGUUGGUGUCCGAGGAACUGAUGACCUUGGGAGAAAGUCUAUCACAAACCACGGAUCCCUCGCUCAAGCUGUUUCAGUGCGCUGUGUGCAACCGAUUCACCACUGACAACCUGGAUGUGCUUGGCAUGCAUAUGGGAGCUGAGCGGAGCCUGCCAGAGGAGGAGUGGCGUGCUGUGGUGGGAGACUCUCACCAAUGCAAGUUGUGCCACUACACCACUCAGCUCAAGGCCAACUUCCAGCUGCACUGCAAAACAGACAAGCAUGUGCAAAAAUACCAGCUUGUGGCCCACAUCAAAGAAGGGGGCAAAGGCAAUGAAUGGCGCCUGAAAUGUGUGGCCAUAGGCAAUCCAGUGCACCUGAAGUGUAAUGCCUGUGACUACUACACCAACAGCCUGGAGAAGCUGAGGAUGCACACAGUCAAUUCCCGGCAUGAGGCAAGCCUCAAACUAUACAAGCACCUGCAGCAGCACGAAAACGCGGUGGAGGGCGAUGCCUGCUACUACCAUUGUGUGCUGUGCAACUACUCGACCAAGGCCAAGCUCAACCUGAUCCAGCAUGUACGGUCCAUGAAGCACCAACGCAGCGAGAGCCUCAGGAAGCUUCAGCGCUUGCAGAAGGGCCUGCCAGAGGAGGAAGAGGACCUCAGCUCCAUCUUCACCAUCCGCAAAUGCUCUACUUCAGAUACAGGAGAGCUGAGCGAGGAUGUGGAGGCUGCUAGUGAGACCACCACAGACCAGGAGGACCAAACCAAAGACAGAGAAAGUGGGGGGGAGAAGGAGCUCACCAAAGGGACAGCUUUGUCCAGCCACUUGGAACGGCGGCAGUCAGAUUCACCAAUUCCUUCUAAAAGGCCGUCUUCACGAUCAGAGACGUCCGAGAGUCCACUCGCCUCGAAACGUCCCAGGACGGCUGAGAAGGGGGCUGCUGAGCAGAUGUACCAGUGCCCCUACUGCAAGUUCACCAACACGGACCUGAAUCGCCUCAGAAUGCACGUGAUGACGCAGCACUCUGUUCAGCCCAUGCUACGCUGCCCGUUAUGCCAGGACAUGCUAAACAACAAGAUCCACCUGCAGUUUCACCUCACACACCUCCACAGUGUUGCACCUGACUGCGUUGACAAGCUAAUUGCUACAGUGACAGCCACUGAUGUUCUACCAGCAAGUAUGUUCAUACCUGUGCCUAGUCCAGAGCGCGAGUCCCAGAGCACCCCACAUGCCACAGCUAACUCUAACGCUGAAAAUACAAGGAAGCAAGCUGAUGCAUCAGAUGCUGAUCCAGAGAAAGGGGCUUCCCUCCCCACAGACAUGGCUGAAGCUCGCAAGUCACCUCUUGAAGAUCAGCAGUCAGAAAGGGAGGAUGCCACUGGAUUUCUGUGCUGGAAGAAAGGCUGUAAUCAAGUAUUCAAAUCCUCCAACUCCCUCCAAAUGCACUUCAAUGAAGUUCACAAUAAAAGGCCUCAGUUGCCUGUCUCAGAUCGCCAUGUCUACAAGUACAGGUGUAACCAGUGCAGCCUGGCCUUUAAAACUGUAGAGAAAUUACAGCUCCAUUCACAGUACCAUGUGAUCAGAGCAGCCACCAUGUGCUGCCUUUGCCAACGGAGCUUCAGAACACUACAAGCCUUGAAGAAGCAUUUGGAAACCAGCCACUUGGAGCUGAGUGAAGCUGAUAUCCAACAAUUAUAUGGCGGGUUAUUGAUGAAUGGUGACAUUAUGGUGAUGGGUGACCCAGUACUUGGUGAAGAUCAUGGAUGUCUGGGAGAAGAUGACAAGGAAGGAGAUGACAGUGAUCAAGAGGAAAAACAAAGUCCAACAGGCAGCGACUCUGGUUCACUGCAGGAGGAUUCUGGAUCUGAGCCUAAACGUGCUUUGCCAUUUAGAAAGGGCCCCAAUUUUACAAUGGAGAAGUUCUUGGAUCCGUCUCGUCCUUUUAAGUGUACUGUGUGCAAAGAGUCUUUUACCCAGAAGAACAUUCUUCUGGUCCACUAUAAUUCUGUCUCCCACUUGCACAAGGUAAAGAGGGCUCUUCAGGAGUCUACUACUGGUCAACCUGAGCCUACAAGCAGUCCUGACAACAAGCCAUACAAGUGCAGCACUUGUAAUGUGGCAUAUAGCCAGAGUUCUACUCUUGAAAUCCAUAUGCGCUCUGUUCUACACCAGACCAAAGCUAGGGCAGCCAAACUUGAAGCUGCAGGAGGGAUUACUAGCUCUGCAAGUGCUACUGGUUUAAGUGGUGGAGGGUCCAGCAUGAGCACUUCGACAUCUAGUCCUAACCCAGCCAACAGCUCAAAUACUAGCUAUACAAACCACAGCUCUUCGGGGUCUCAGGCAGCUCAGAGUAUGAUUGGAGGAAAUCACAUGAACCCAACCCACAGCAUUGAAAGUCUGGGGAAUUCCUCAGUGAACUGCCAAUCUUCACCAUCUGAGAACCAUGAGGCAAAAAAAUCUAAAUUUUCAGAGAUUCUGUCUGCAAGGGGGCAGCAACAACAACAUCAACUUCAGCAACAACAGCAAUUGGCUCAGGUGCAAGCCCAAGCUCAAGCUCAGCUUCAGCAAGAGCUUCAGCAGCAGGCUGCUAUUUUACAGUCACAACUAUUUAAUCCAGCACUUCUGCAGCACUUCCCAAUGACAACUGAUGCUCUUCUACCACUCCAACAGCAGCAGUUGUUAUUCCCUUUCUACAUCCCUGGAGCUGAAUUUCAGCUGAACCCAGAGAUCAGCAUUAGCAACUCGGCACUUGGUAUAGCUGGAUCCUCAACCUCCUCCUUGCUGGAAGAUCUAAAACUCUCAGCUCAACAGGCCCAGCAAAGUUGCUUGCAGCAGCAACUGAUGCACCACCACCUUCAGCAGCAGCAGCAGCAGCAGCAGCAGCAGCAGCAGCAACAGCAACAGCAGCAGCAACUGUCUCACGCUCAAGUUCAAAGUCAGAUGGCAUUGUUGCAGCAGAGUGCAUCUCUCCUCCAGCAACCUGAAAAAAAGCAAAAAUGUUCCUCCUCUCAGAACGAAAAGGAUAGAGAAAUACUUAAAGAAAGGGAUUCAAAUGAGAAGAAUGAAGCCCAUGUAAACAAAGACUCUACAGAUGGCAAACCAAAAGAAAAUAAGGACAUUCAGCAUAUCUCUAUACACAUUAACCAAGAAACUGGCUUUCCUCCACCAAGGAUUGCUUCAGAUACUCGAGGAAAUGCAACCAAAGCCUUGCUGGAAAACUUUGGAUUUGAGUUAGUAAUUCAGUACAAUGAAAAUAAGCAGAAAGCGCAGAAAAAGACAGCUGGACCUACUGGAUCUAGUGGUCCAGGUGGAAUAACAAGGGUGGUGGACCCCAUUGAGGGAUUAGAGAAACUGGAAUGUGAAGCCUGUGGCAAACUGUUUUCGAACAUACUGAUUCUUAAGAGUCAUCAAGAGCAUAUCCACCAGGCUUUCUUUCCAUUUCGAUCCCUAGAGAGAUUUGCUAAAGAAUACAGAGAGCAUUAUGAUAAACUCUAUCCACUGAGACCUCCAACACCAGAGGCUGCUCCAGCUCCUCCACCACCUCCUCCUCCACCUCCACCUCCUCCUCCGCCCCAAAGAGCUCCCACACCAAAUAUCCCAGUCUCCUCUGCCUCACUUACACCUCCAACUGUGCCUCCUUCACAACCACCAGUUCAAAUGACACAGAUACCCAUGCCAAUGGACUUGCCCCUCUUUUCACCACUUAUGAUGCAGCCUAUGUCUCUACAGUCCUUGCCCACCCAAUUGCCUCCUCAGUUAUCAUCUGUUGAACCAAGCCUGGCAUCAGACCUGGCCCAGCUUUAUCAACAACAACUUACACCAGCCAUGCUACAGCAGCAGAACAAGAGGCCACGGACACGAAUCACUGAUGACCAGCUUAGGGUCCUGAGACAGUACUUUGAUAUCAACAAUUCACCAAAUGAAGAUCAGAUUAAAGAGAUGGCGGAUAAGUCAGGGUUGCCACAAAAAGUGAUAAAGCACUGGUUCAGAAACACCCUCUUUAAAGAACGGCAGCGCAAUAAAGACUCGCCUUACAAUUUUAAUAAUCCACCAACAACAACUCUAGAGGACACAAAAAUUGAUUCCAAACCUCCUUCCCCAGAACCUCAGAAACAUGAUCUGUAUGGAUCUAAGAGAUCAUCCAGGACAAGAUUUACAGACUACCAGCUGAGAGUUCUGCAGGACUUCUUUGAUGCCAAUGCUUAUCCUAAAGAUGAUGAAUUUGAACAGCUAUCCAACCUUUUGACCCUCCCAACCCGUGUAAUUGUUGUGUGGUUCCAAAAUGCUCGUCAGAAGGCAAGAAAGAAUUAUGAAAACCAGGGUGAUGGCGCAAAAGAUGGUGAAAGACGAGAACUGUCAAAUGACAGAUAUAUCCGGACAUCAAAUCUGAACUACCAGUGCAAGAAAUGUAGUCUGGUUUUCCAGCGGAUAUUUGAUCUGAUAAAACACCAAAAGAAGCUGUGUUACAAAGAUGAAGACGAGGAUGGGCAGUAUGACAGCCAAAAUGAAGAUUCACUGGAUCUUUCGCAUGAUUGUUAUACUCCAUCUGGGUCAUCCUGUCACACACCAAUGCCCUCCUCUUCAAGUCUCUGCCCUCUUCCUCCCUCAACAUCAGCAUUCACCCACCUUCCAUCUGCUGAGAAGGAGGAGGCAUCACCAGCGACCACCUCAAACUUCUAUGAUGAGAAGCCCAAGCAUUUACCAGAAAUAUCUACUGAUCCAAGAGAAAACCAAAUUUCUAUUAAGCAGGAAAUUGUGCACCAACCCCAAUCUGAGCCACAACACCAUAGAUCUCAGAGAGAAGAGAAGCUACAAAAUGUUACCAAGCACAUCAAGCAUUCUUCUCCGUCCUUUACUCAGCAACAACAGCAGUGUGGCCCCUCAGCCUCUCAGACGAGCCAAGCCUCAUCUCAAAGCUCGCACUUGGGCCUCAAUCCACACCUGACCUCUGCCUCUCAACAACUGGCACAACAGCUGAUCCCUUACCAAUGUGAGCAGUGCAAGAUUGGCUUCCCCUCUUUUGAACACUGGCAAGAACACCAGCAAUUACACUUCCUCUCUGUGCAAAAUCAAUUCAUCCACCCCCAAUUCCUUGACCGUGCUAUUGACAUGCCUUUCAUGCUGUUUGAUCCCAGCAAUCCUCUUCUGGCAAGCCAGCUUCUCCCUGGGGCAAUGCCCCAGAUUCCCAGCAGCUCUGCCACCUCUCCAUCCACACCAACUUCCACUAUGAAUUCCCUGAAGAGGAAGCUAGAGGAAAAAGCUAGUACUAGCCCAGGAGAAAAUGAUAGCACAAAUAGUGGAGAAGAGCCACAAAGAGACAAGCGGCUUAGAACCACCAUCACACCUGAGCAGCUUGAGAUCCUUUAUCAGAAGUAUUUAUUAGAUUCAAAUCCCACUCGUAAAAUGCUUGACCACAUUGCACAUGAGGUGGGAUUAAAAAAGAGAGUAGUGCAAGUGUGGUUCCAGAACACCAGAGCCAGAGAGAGAAAAGGCCAAUUUAGAGCAGUAGGGCCAGCUCAGGCUCAUCGUAGGUGCCCUUUUUGUCGAGCUCUUUUUAAAGCAAAAACUGCCCUUGAGGCUCACAUUAGAUCUCGUCACUGGCAUGAAGCCAAACGUGCUGGAUAUAAUUUGACUCUCACUGGUAUGUUACCUGAGCAGGAGAGCAUGCAAAUAAAAAUGGAUGCUCUAGAAACAUCAAGUUGCUCCCAACUAGUCCAGAGUGCAAAUAGUGAUGGACAGAGCUCAUCCAUGUCACCAGUGAACAAAGGCCUAGAUCUGUCUCCCAGGGGUCUAUUGAGCCCUUCAUCUAUCAAAGUUGAAGGAAUGGAAGACUUUGAGGGUGGAUCAAUGUCCUCUGUUAAUCUCAGCUUUGAUCCAAACAAGCUGGAUAAUGACGACUGCUCUUCUGUGAACACAGCCAUCACAGAUACAACCACAGGGGAUGAGGCCAAUGUUGAUGACAGUGCUGAUGCAAAGCACAGCCAAAACAGUGUUGAUUACCUAUCUAAGCCUGGAGGUGCAACCACUGUCCUUGAAAAUGAUGACCAAAUGUCCUCAGGACUUGUAAGCCCUGCAACAAGCUAUUAUGCUAAGGAAUAUGAAAAUGAACAUAUAAUUGACCACAGUGAGACAUCCAGCAUGGCUGAUCCCUGCUCACCAAGUCCUGGAGCCUCAGGUACCAGGAGCAUAGACAGUGGAGAUAGGCCUGGCCAAAAGCGCUUCCGAACCCAAAUGACUAACCUUCAGCUAAAAGUGUUGAAGUCCUGUUUUAAUGACUACAGGACACCCACUAUGCUGGAAUGUGAGGUACUUGGCAAUGAUAUUGGACUUCCAAAGAGAGUGGUGCAAGUAUGGUUUCAAAAUGCCCGUGCCAAGGAGAAAAAGGCAAAGCUCAACAUGGCCAAGCACUUCGGAAUAAAUCAGACAUCUUACGAGGGGCCGAAGACUGAAUGCACAUUGUGUGGUGUAAAGUACAGUGCACGCCUCUCUGUACGUGACCACAUUUUCUCGCAGCAACACAUCUUUAAGGUUAAAGAUACAAUUGGCAGCCAGAUCGAUAAGGAAAAAGAAUACUUUGACCCAGCAACAGUUCGCCAACUCAUGGCACAACAAGAGAUGGACCGCAUUAAGAAGGCCAAUGAAGUUCUAGGACUGGCACAGCAGCAGGCCAUGCAGCAACAGGGAAUGUUUGAUAACCCUGCAAUGCAGGCUCUGAAUCUUCAGUCAGCCUAUCCAAAUCUGCAAGGCAUCCCGCCUGUCCUUCUGCCGGGGGUUGGCACACCCUCUCUUUCUAGCUUUAACUCAUCUAAUUCAGCUUUAACUCCUCCGAAGCCUCCAAACCUCCUGAACAUGUCUGGAGCCAGUGUUCCCUCACCAAGCCUCCCCACUUCUGGAUUGCCCAACAAGCCUCCCUCCUCAUCAUCUCUUGCUGCAUCUAGUCCAGCCCAGACCAACUCGUCUACUUCCCAUCCAAGCCCCACCCCUACAUCCAACUCCACUUCCACAAUUAACCAGUCUGGCUCACGGCCGGAACCCCCCAAAGAACGUGAUGCUGAGAAGUUAGUGGAGAAAGAGAAGGCUAAGGAAAAAACAGAGAAGCCCUCGACACCAUGUUCAACAGGAAGCACCCCUGCCCCUUCCACUUCUGCUGCCAGUGCCAAGAAGGAGAAACCAGACACAGCUGUUCCCGCCACUUCUAUGCCCACACCUGGCAUGGAAUAUGUGGUAGACCCUGCCCAGCUUCAGGCUUUGCAAGCUGCUUUGGCAUCGGAUCCCACAGCUCUGCUCACAAACCAGUUUCUGCCCUACUUCAUGCCUGGCUUUUCCCCUUAUUACAGCCCUCAGAUCCCUGGUGCUCUCCAAGGGGGCUAUUUGCAACCAAUGUAUGGUAUGGAAAGUCUCUUCCCUUACAACCCAGCAUUGUCACAAGCAUUGAUGGGCCUGUCCCCAGGGUCCCUACUGCAGCAUUACCAGCAAUAUCAACAGAGCUUGCAGGAGGCACUACAGCAGCAGCAGCGGCAGCUUCAGCAAAUUCAGCAACCCAAAGCAAGCCAAACUUCAGUUCCCCCACAAACCUUGGGGGAUCGCAAAGAUUCUGCCAAAGAUCAAGUUAAAACAGAGGAGCAAAAGGGCAACAACCGCAAUGACCCCCCCACUUCCACUUCCUCUUCCUCCACUCAUAAUAAAGUACACCCUGAGCCGAGUGAGAUGGAUGGCAAAGCUUCGGACCCCCCUCUAGACCAGUACAUUGUCCCCAAGGUGCAGUAUAAACUGGUAUGCCGCAAGUGUCAAGCUGUAUUCACCAAGGAAGAGGCGGCUGUUACCCACAUAAAAUCGAACUGUUUUUUCGGUCAGUCUGUGGCAAAUCUGCAAGAAAUGUUGCUGCGUGUCCCCGGUGGCGUAGGUGUAGGGGCUGGAAGUCUCUAUGACUGCCUGGCUUGUGACACUACGUUGGAUGGGGAAAAAGCACUCAGUCAACACCUGGAAUCGGCAUUGCACAAACACAGAACAAUCAAGCGAUCAGUCAGAAAUGCCAAAGAGCACGCUACUAGUUUAUUACCUCACUCUUCAGCCUGCUUCCCCAAUCCUAACACCGCAUCUACCUCGCAGUCUGCCGCUCAUCCCAUCAGCAGCCCCCCUCCCCUGCCAACCACAUCAGCCACCAUGCCAUCCGCUGCUGUCUCCUCUUCUUUGUGCUCCUCCUCUACGGCCCCACUCAACACCACAGCUGCCGACAAACGCUGGCCCCAGGCCCCUUUCUCCAGAGCUUUAGCUGGGAAACCCAAUGCUGGUCCCUCCUCCUCUUUUCCUCCAGUGUCCUCACCUUCAACGGUUACCUCAAGUUCAUUGAGCACCUCAGGAGUUCAGACCUCGAUACCAACAGACGUCUUUACCGACGAGUCUGACUCUGACAGCAGUCAGAAGUCAGCAGACAGGCUGGGCAUGAAAGCAGAGGAGCCUCAGCAGCCUGGCUUUGUCAAAGACAGUAAUAGUUGUAGUAGUAACCUUGCUAGUGUAGGAACAGACUCCAUCAGAUUGUAAAAGAGCUUUUGGUGAUGGACAAUAUUUAAAAACACUAAGAAAAGAACAAAAAAAAUUACAAAUGUAAAAAAAAAAACAAAAAAAAACAUAAAAAAGCAGCAAUGUUAAAAAUACAAAGUAUACAAACCAAUUUCAGAAAAAAAGAUGUGUAAAGACUAACUGCAAUUCCAAAGCUUGUAACCAAAAAUUUAAAUGUUAGUGGAUUGUUUUCCCAUAUCAACAUGCUGGUUUUCAUUUUGCUUUGUUUCCUUUUUGUUUAUUUUACACAACUGAAAUACAUGCAUAUUAAUGUGAGAACAGAAAAGAUCAAAGAUCAGUGCAGUUAUGUUUUGAGUAAUGAUGGAGGAAUGUUGUACUGUAUUGGAGUGGACUGCCUCAAAGUUGACAAACGGCCCAAAAACCCUUGUAAAGAAAUUCAAAUCAGCAAGCUGUCCGUUUUUUUGGUAAUAAUUUCUACUUAAUAGCACAGUCACAAAAAGCCAGUAUGUACUGUAUGGGAGAAUAGUCUAUCAGUUUUCUUGCUGUUUAAGCAUUCAGAUACCAAUGGCUUGCAAAAGUAAAAGAAUAAUGUAAUGUCUAUUGUAUUCUCAGGUCAACAGCUCACAGUUGUUUUUCUGUUACAGAAAUCCAUGUUUUACACAUUUUUUUUUCCAAAACAAAAUGAGCAUUUUUUUUUUCCUUUUCUGAACUUGAUUUUAAUAACUUCAAGUUUUAAGUUGAAUUCAAUUUUAACAAGGCUUUGAUACUGGGCAUUUAAAAAAAGGGUAACUGAAUUGUUGAUUUUAAUAUUAGAAAUCCUUUUACAGUGGGAAAAUAACAAUCCCAUUAUUCCCAGACAAGGAGAGCAUUGCAGACAUAACAGGUGAUUAAAAAAAUAAUUUUGAUAAAAUAAAAAAAAAAUAAAAAUCUACCUUCUUUAUUUAUGAUAGAUAUGAGCAUUUUUGGUGUUAAGUAGAUUGUUGCAUUGGAAACGAAUUUAAACCGUAUGGUAGGAUGGAGAAAAAAAAGGAAAAAAAAACUUUGUGUACAUUUAGCUUUUGUAUUGUCCAAUUUUAUGACACUUCAUUUGAUGUUGUCUUGGUCAUUCCAAUAGUUUAUGGACAGGUAAUUUAUCUAAACUUUAUUUCUGUCUUAGUCUCAACCUCUUGGGAAACAUUCACCCAGUCGCCCCCUUCUGACAAGGCAGGAUCCUCUAUCAAAAUUAUUUAAAAUUUAUGGUUUGGUUGGUAUUUUCUCAAACCAAAACAAAAGAGCCUGGGUGAAAUAUUGAGAGUUUAAUUUUAUUUAAUUUUUAUGUUAUCUUUUGUGCACUUAUCACUGUCUAACUUCAAUUUGUCACUCUUCAUGUUCCUCUCUUCGCACUUAUUUUUCUCUGCUCUCCUGCGUUUGUAGAUGUAAGCACUACAAAGCAGGUCUUUUGUUCUUCGAGUGUAGCUAGUCUUUAUUUUCCAUUUUAGCAGUUUUUGUUGUCAUAAAUUAAAAUGAAAAAAAGAAUACUAAUAAUAAUUCUCACGCUUUAAGACGAAAAGAAAAUCCAAAGACUAAACACUUUCACCAUUGGUGCAUAAAGAUGAGAAAAGAGGCUUCUUUAUACUUGAGAAUUUGUUGCUGUUUUUAGAGGAAAGAAAACAAAGUUUUAAAAGAUAAAGGAGUACGCAUCAGAGUUGCCGUUUCCGCUUCUUUGCAAGCAAACAGGUGGCUUUUUUUAUGUGAAAACCAAAAACCAAAAAGGGCCCUUGUCCUUGCAUCGUGGAGUAGCACCGUUACAGAGCCAUUGCAGUUUGUAAGAUAGAGGUUAAUAAUCUUCGUUUGACUUUUGUCAUAUUCAAAUGUCCUUUUUUUUCUUUUCUUUUUUUUUAAGAAAAUGUAUAAGGUCUGGUCUUCAAGGACAUACGUUUUGCUGCUAAUGUAGAUUAAAAAAAGAAAAAAAAGAAAACCUAGAUGCAUGCUCAUUUUGCUUUUGGCUAAGCUUUAACUAAAACAAACAAUAACAACCAAUUUCUUGCCUCUGCAACACCUUUUUUUUUCCUCGUUGCAAAAACGGAACUUUGAAGACUGUGAAUAUAUGUUCCAAAGGACAUUUUGCCGAUUUUUCUUUCAAACAGACCAAUGUUUAAAGCCAAUGAUCUAUAACAUUUGUAAAGAACAGUGCAUUCCAAAUAUCACUAAGGAUUUUUCUUAAACAAGGACCGAUCCUCGUUCAUUUGAUUGCUUUUAAUUGUCACAAUCUAUUUUUUUCUCAUUUUUAAAGUGACUGUAAACUGUUGUGUAAAUUUUUUUGCAUUGUUGGUUGCUGAACAGAGUGACCUUUAUAUGUCAUUUUGUUCUAAUAUUGAACAUUGCUGAAAAUCCUUCCAUCCAGUCAAGGUUGUUGCUCACUUGUUAAGCAAGUAACAGUGGUUACCAAAAAAUGUAUAUAAUACAUCUGGUACUGAAGCGUCUCAAAGGUUUGGUGUCAUUCAUGCCAACCUACAAGUAGUCUCAGAGGGAAUUAAUGGCUGUUUUGCUGAGGUGUUGUUGCCCCCAUUACUGGGAGGCCCACCGGUGACUUGUCGCAUGUGUUUGCAAGGUGCCACUUCCACAUAUAGAUUACAGGUUUUUAAAGGACAUCUUCAUUCCAAAGCAUUAUUUAUGGAAAAAAGUAAGUUUUUUGGAGAUGUCCUUGGUUUUUAAAUAUUUAGGAUGCUUUUAUAUCCAAAGAAGUCAUCUACUUAAUUUUGCUGCAAUGGAAAUGGAUGCGCAUAGGUACCCCCCAUCUUCUCAUUGACGAUGUGAUGAAGUAAAAAUUUUCAUUUUCUAAUCCAAAAUCAAACUACUUUUUGGCCUCUGUUCUAUAAAACGUAUCGCCCUAAUGAAAAUAAGGCACAAACAAUCUCAGAAGUGUUAAAAAGUGCUGCUUCUGGCAGAGAAAUGUGAUUCGGUGAUGCUGUUGAAAGUCAGUAGAUCUGGUUUGUAAGCUUGAUAAUUCUCAAGUCCAGUUCCCUGGAAUACUGUUCAUGUGUACUUUUAUUGUUUUGAAAAAUUCUUAAGUUGUACAGGUUUUUGUUUUCUCAAAUAUGUUUGCUUUAUUUUAACUUUCAGACAAUGUUGGACGUGUUAUUUUUUAUUUUAAAGUAUUUGUAUUUUAUUUUAGUGUCUGUAUAUUACUUUUAUCAUAAAUUAACACUAGCUUUAAUUUGAAUUGCUGAAAAACAAACAAAAAAAUAUGACCCUGCCACUUUAUGGUGUGAUAAUGUUCUUUAUAUUCAUUGUCUCAAUUAUAUUGUUUGUUCCCAGAUUUCCAAAGUCUAAUCAUUUGGGCUUUUUUGUGGAUGACAAAGCUGAGUUCUCCACAUUAGAUAAAGCCAACAUGAACUACGUUUGGGUUUGUGUGUUUGUGUGUGUCUGUGUGUGUGUGUGUGUGUAUGUGUGUGCAUUUCAAGAGCCAGCAUCAAUUCAAUUUUUUUCUUGUUUGCCUUUUAUUUUUGUUAUGUUACACACCAAAUAACAGAACCACAAAGCUGGAUUAUGAAUAGGUUAAAUUUAGAAAACUCAAAUUAAAAGGUGAUGAUCAGAAAUGAGAAUGACGAUACCGAAGCACUGAGCAGUUUUUACUUUGAUUGAAUAUAUGAAUGUGGCCAAAGCUUUAUGCAGUUGACACAAAAGAAACAUAUAUAUCUAUACACUUACCUGUGCCUCAGAUGAGUGUAUAUCUUGUGGCACAAAACGCAUUCGGUGGAUACCUGCAUCCACUGACUUACAUUGGAAUACUUGAUUUUACUGGACAAUUGCGAGAGAUAACAACAACGUUUUGCUGUAGAGGUCACCUUUUGCCCACUGUGAAAAACGAACGUGUACCUGUAAACAGAUAAAUAUAUAUUUAAAACAAGACAUCAACUUUUUUUUCUUUUUUUGUCUUUGAAAUGAAGAAGGAAUGAAAAUAAAUACAAAAGAACUCUGGGAAGCAAUGGAGCUCUCGUGAGGAGGACUCAAGAGGCGGUGGGCACACCAAAACUGGGCAUGGGAGCUGAAGGCAGGCUCAAAACAGCUUUAAAAACCACCUCCUUAUUUGAUUACUGACAACUCUAUAAUGGGAAUGGAUCCUGGAACCAAUGGACAUGUGUGACACACAGAGGAAAGUCAUUAGGUGAAACUGAACUUAAGUGGCUCCAGCUGCCUCUAUCUCCUUUCUGUUUGUCCUUUCUUUCUCCAGCUCUGCCUCCGCUUCUGCUCUUUGAUGGACAUUUUUGAAAUUUCAGGACAGGAUGGACAGAGAUGCCUGCUUCAUUUCUUCCUCUUCAUGUUGCUACCUGUUUCAUUUCCGUGCACUUGUCUUGGGAAGACAAGUAAAACUCUCCAGUCACACGGCAGCUCACCCCUCUCUGUGUUGGUUACAUAAUCUAAAUAGAGAAAUAAAUAACAUAGAGAGGGGAUGGGUUCUCAAAGCUGUUCUUAAAGAGGCAGUCACACACACAAAAAAGCGUAUUAACCAAAAUUACCAACCAAACUAACAACCAAACAACGUUUUGCUCCAACUUCAAAGAUGAACUGUUACUUGGAGCGCUCUGUUCCUUUUGUGACUUCUGGUGCCACAUUUUUUUUAAUGCUUUUAGUUUUUCUUUUUGUUUUCUUGAAUAUCUCCUCCUUUGAGCCUCAUAAGCAUGGCUCUGUGGCUCCAGGCAGCCCAUCUGAGGGUAGAAAAAAACAGCCUUGCAAUGUACAAAAAAGAGCAAGUUAAACCAAAAAUGUUGUUCUUGAUGUCUUUUCUAUACUGUAGUCUUGUUAGCUUUUUUGUUACUGUAAUUAUAUGAAGAUUUCCAAACUGUACCAAAUUACAUGGAAACUAACAUACAUACAACCACAUGGAACUUCAGACUUUUAAAGAAACUUUUGUCACAAAAACUUGUUGUCCUAGUUAAGUUGAUUGUAGAUGGUAAUUGAAUAUACUCCUUUGAAAAUAUUUCAUCAAGUAUGUUUCUUGCUCAUUGUGAUACAUUAAAAAAGUA